CAAGGAAAACACAGGCAGUUCAAAUCAAAUCAUAUCAUAUCCGUUAUCUCAGGCAUUCCUCAAGCAGAACUGCUAUGACUCGCUCUGUGACUAAAACCCAGUAAUUUCUCAAUGCUUUGGAAAUCUAGUGCUGCCUGUUGGACUUAUUGGACAGUUGGAAAGAGUAAGCCCAGUAAUCCCUGAGAGAGAUACUUUAACAUGCUCUGAAGGAAUUAAGGACAGCGAGUGACGGGAUAAGACUGUGGAGAACUGCUCAGAAAAAGAGAAGAGGUUCUAUCCGACCACUGCCAGCUGAUCUAGUCUCUUCAGGGAAGGAGCAGUCGGACAGGCAGCAUGUACUGGGACGUGGCCCUCUGGAGCGCCGGGCUCUGGGUGAUUCUGAGUUUAGCCGCCGGUCAGCUGACUGAGCAGGAGAAAUCAACCAUCGUGGACAUGCACAACGAGCUUCGCUCUCAGGUUCAUCCCAGUGCCGCCUUCAUGCAGAAAGUGGUGUGGGACGAGACACUGCGUCUGGUGGCGGAAUCUUACGCAACAAAAUGCACCUGGGAUCACAACCCUGAACUUGAGGAUCUUACCAUGGGUGAAAAUCUCUUUGUCACCAAUGGACCAUUUAAUGCAACCAAAGCAAUGCUGAACUGGUUUGGAGAAUAUGUGGAUUAUAACUAUGAAAACAAUUCCUGUCCUGAAGACAAAAUGUGUGGCCAUUACACUCAGAUGGUGUGGGCCGACAGCAAUAGAAUUGGCUGUGCUGCUCAAUUGUGUGACACUCUUCAGGGUCUAGAUUUUAAGAAGGCCACUCUUCUCGUCUGUAAUUACUUCCCUCAAGGAAAUUUUGAGGGACUAAAGCCAUACAAUUCUGGAGAGCCGUGCUCACAGUGUCCAGAUACCAUACCAAUGUGUGAGAAGAACAUCUGUGUGGCUGAGAAGUGGCAUCCAUCUGAGCAACCGGACAACACUGAAGAUCCGACUGUCUUAUCUGAGCGUCCCCACGUGACCACGGAGCCCACUGAUACUCUCGGAGAGCCCACACAUGUGCACACUAAAAUUGAAGAUACAGGCAUGGAAAAUGCGAAGAAGAAUCGUGGAUCCAAUAUGGAAAGCGUCUUAUCUCAUCUACUGAUGCUCAUCGGGCUGGUGCUUGCUCUGUGAGAGUCUGGAGUGGAUGAGAUCCAUCAUAUCCUGAAGAGACAUGCACAAAACACAUAAGAAAUUAUUGUCUUCCUCAGUUUUUUUUGUCUUGUUUUCCAGUACAAAUAUCUAAACAUUGUUAAAUCAAGAUACAUUUACUUGAGAAGCAAAAUGACAUACGAUAUUGAGCCUUGUUUGAUGAAAAAUGCAUCCAUUUUUUUGUUGCUUAAAAUGAGAAAAAAUACCUGCCAGUGAAACUCCUGAAUCAUAAUCACCAAAGGCUUCAAAUAGGACGGCAGUAGCAUUAUUAUCCACUGUAAAACAUGGGAGAAAACACAAAACUAAGACAUAAAGAGUAAAUGAAUGUGAAUGUGAAGUAAAAACUUCAGAUGGUUUCUCUUUGAAUUUAACCUUUUGUUUUAUUGCAGUUUUUAUAUAGUGAAAUGUUUUUAAGAUAAUCUCAUGCAAGCCAGUUUUUUAUGGAAGCUUGUUUCAGUGUUUAUAACUUGCAAUUCUGCUUUUUCCCCCCUCAGAAUUGUGAGAUAUAAACUCGCAACUGUAAGAAAAUAAGUCCGAAUUGCGAGAUUUGUUUUAUUCCAUGGCAGAAACGAGCUUCUAUGAGCUUUAUAUCAUCUGUUCAUCUCAAUGUCUUCUCAAGUUUACCAUAACGUGGGACUUUUGCUGGAAAUUAUUUUCAUGGUUUGAAUUUGUGGAGCGUUUGAUGCAGCUUUUGCAUGACAGUCAUGCUUUUUAUAGACUGACAGCAUUAGUUUUAAUGAACAAUUUGAGAAUUAUUACAAUGCACAAGUACAUGUAUAUAUUAUUAGCAAAGUUCAUAAAUAUAGCAUGUAUUGUAUGCACUGUAUUUCUUUUUAUAUGUGGGCUAAAUGUCAUUUAUAAUGUGUUAUAUUGUGUUAAGCUGGUAAAAACUGGAAUGGGAAAACCUAAAUGAACUUGAAUGCUUCUUAAAACCAGAUCCACUCUUA